AUGUCAUCGCAGGCUGCUUCAGUGGAUGAGGCAUCGGCGGGAAGUUCGCGACCGAAAAUCGUUCGCCAUAAAAAGAGUUCUACAAAGAUUCUAAAGGAGUGGUUUGCGUCGCAUACUUCGCAUCCCUAUCCAACGGACGGAGAAAAGGAAGACUUGGCCCAUCGCACAGGCUUAAGUGCCCGCCAAGUAUCAUACUGGUUCAUCAACGCUCGUCGACGGAGGGGCGACAAGCCGGGGGUCUCUGCGCGAGCAAGUCAUGCGACAUUGUCCUCACAGUCCCUCCCGAUAAGCUCGACUACAUCUUUGCCUGGAGCCUGGGAGACUCUGUCACCAAUGGAUCGGUGGCGGCACUCCCCCCCUGAGGACGAGCCUGGAUCUUGGAGUGCCAUCACCGAGGCAGUAGCUGAUAGUUGGUUAUCGGACGACUUCGGGCCUGGACCGAGGGGCCUGAGUGGAUGGAGUGAGGGUAGCAACUCGCUUGACUUUACCUCCUCUCACAACCAGUCUGCUAGCUCCAGCGCGUCGUCGAGCUUCAGUCACAGCGCCGGAUCUAUCGCCAGCUCAGAGAGUCGGGGUUCAGUCCAGGGCCCCCGUCAUCGCCCGCCCCGUCGACGCCAGAAACGACAGGUCAGACAAGGGACCAAAACAUGCCAACAAACCCAGGAUGUCGACCGGAUAUAUCAAUGCACCUUCUGCACCGACACGUUCAAGUCAAGAUACGACUGGACUCGGCACGAGGGGACCCUUCAUCUGGUGCUGGAGAGAUGGACCUGCCUUCCUUUCGGUCCACGACUCUCUGAUGAGUCCAACGGGGUCAUACAAUGUGCCCUGUGCGGCCAGACGGACCCUUCUGAGUCACAUCUCGAGUCGCACCAUAUCCAGCAAUGCGUUUCCAAGCCCUUGCGUGCCCGAACCUUCUAUCGUAAAGAUCAUCUACGUCAGCAUCUCCGCGGCGCGCAUCGAGGCGACAAAGUGCCAACAUCAACCAUGGAUGCUUGGAAGACAAAAAUCACAAAGGUAAACGCCCGCUGCGGCUUCUGCGGUGACACGUUUCAACUCUGGGCGGAUCGCAAUGAUCACCUAGCAGACCAUUUUCGCUCGGGGGCUUUGAUGAAGGACUGGAACGGCUGCCGAGGGUUAGAUCCCGCAGUAGCCUUGCUCGUCGAGAAUGCAAUACCACCCUAUCUGAUUGGCCAGCAGUCUCGAGAUCUCGAGCCGUUCAGCGCCACCAAGAUUGCCCAGACAGCACCUGUCCCGACACCGUACCGGCGAUGUCCUCCAACCUCGUUCGAACUGCUGACAGCUAGACUGGGCGAGUUUGUCACCUCACAGCGUGCUAGUCAAGGGGACGUUUCAGACGAAUGCUUGCGAAGACAGUCCCGGCUCAUCCUCUUCGAUGAUGACGAUCCAUGGAACCAGACACCUGCAGACAACCCGGACUGGCUCCGAAUGUUCAAGAUGGGUUACGGCCUCGCAGAUGACUCAGUCAUGAAUGCUGGCCCGCUCCUGGACGCAUGCCCGUCGGAUCUGGUGGAUCCGACGGGACUCAAUUCCCAGCGUCUUUCGGUCACACAAUGCAGCGUCACCCCCUUUACGCCCGAACGAAUGAGGCAAGCGGCUGUGUCAGAUUCGAGUAGUAUCCCGCUGGACCUGUUCGGGGGUGCACCCAGCGGUGAGAUGGGUUUCCUCUCCUCGGUGCCCUGGUCAUGGCAAACCCCUGAAUGCCUCGCCGAGUUCAGCCAGAUGGCCAACUUGCUUCCUCAGUCCGCGUGCGACAUCGGAGGAUGUACCGGCUCCGGCUUUGAGACAGCAGAUGUAGACAGCGCAAACACCUGUCUAUAUGAUGAUCUAGGUUUUGACCUGGAAAAUGCCCUGUUUGAUCUCGAGCCAUAUGGCGAGAGUUUCAGAAAGAACUCGAGCGAAACUGGGCGAACUAGUACUUAG